CCACAUGCACAGGAAGCAAGUAACGUGGUACCAGGCAAGAGGCUAGCAGAGGAAGAGGACGCUCUUGCUGCCGCUCAGUUGGAGGAAGAUGCUUUAGAUUUGGACAGCAAAUCAGCACAAGCUAUGGCAAGGAAGGAAGCAAAGCGUUUAGUUGUAGCAAAAGGGGAGACAAGUGAACAGACAAUAGAGGAAGAGAAACUGGACUCUGAAUCUUUAGUAGUAGAGACCCUAAGCGAUCAGAGUAGCAAACGCUCCCAAGGCCUGGAAGCCUCUAGUGGGGAAACAGCGGAAAAAGGCGCAGGUCCUGAAGCCAAAGAUAGUAACGAAGAUGCCAAGAAAACAGAAGACAAAGCUAAUUCAGAGGAAUCCCCUGCUACUAAAGAGUCCUCAACCAGUGAGGGUGGUGAUCAGAAAAAGAGCCCUGUUGAGGAGGAGAGAGAUACAAAGAUAAUCUCAAAGGAUGAUAAAGGUCGUGCUGCUAGUGGUUCUGGUAGAAACUUUUGGGUGAGUGGUCUGGCUUCCACUACCAGAGCUACAGAUUUGAAGAAUCUGUUUAGCAAAUAUGGAAAGGUGGUAGGUGCAAAAGUGGUCACCAAUGCUCGUAGUCCUGGUGCUCGCUGUUACGGCUUUGUUACAAUGUCUACGGCUGAGGAAGCAGCAAAGUGUAUUACUCACCUCCACAAAACAGAGUUACAUGGGAAAAUAAUUUCCGUAGAAAAAGCAAAAAAUGAACCUGCUGGGAAGAAGCCAAGUGAAAAAAAAGAGAAUGAAGCAAAGAAAGAAACAGUCAGUGAGAGACCUGGCAGUGUUAAAAGGGAUGAAAAAUCUGAACAAAAAGAUGAUCCUAAAAAGACAGAAGACAAAGAUGAAAAGGAGAAAAAAGAUAAAGACGAACUGAAGUCUGGUUCAUCAGAUCAACCGAAAACUCUUAAGUCGGGAAGUAAAGGAACAGAGAGAACAGUAGUAAUGGAUAAAUCCAAAGGAGAACCUGUUAUUAGUGUGAAAACAUCAACUGCAUCAAAAGACAGAAGCAUGAAGAGCCAGGAUCGCAAAUCAGAGAGCAGAGAGAGACAAGGCAUUGUGCCAUUUGACAAAAUUAAAGCACAGCGAAAGAUGAGGGAGGCGGAGCAACGCCGCACACGUGAGCGUCGGGAGAGACAGCAGCACCUGCAGACUAUCCGUGAACGAGAAGAAAGGGAGAGGCUUGAGAUUGCCCGUGAGAGACUGGAAAUUGAAAGGCAGCGUCUUGAACGAGAACGGAUGGAAAGAGAAAGACUGGAAAGAGAACGAAUGCACAUAGAGCACGAAAGGAGAAGGGAACAAGAUCGCAUUCAGCGAGAAAGAGAGGAGCUGCGACGCCAGCAUGAGCAACUGCGCUAUGAACAAGAACGUCGGUCUGCGAUGAGAAGACCAUAUGACAUAGAUGGCAGAAGAGAUGAUCCGUACUGGCCAGAGGCAAAACGAAUGGCAAUGAAUGAUAGGUACCAUUCAGAUUUCAGUCGCCAGGAUCGCUUCCAUGACUUUGAUCACAGGGAUCGUGGACGUUAUCAAGACCAUUCAAUAGACAGGAGAGAUGGAUCAAGGACAAUGAUGGGAGAUCGGGAUGGACAACAUUAUCCAGAUGAGCGCCACGGAGGACCAGACCGUCAUUCACGAGACUCUCGGGAAAGUUGGGGUAGCUAUGGAUCUGACAGAAGAAUGAGUGAAAGUAGAGGGAUACCUCCACAGUCACGGGAUGGGCGAGACUGGGGAGAUCACGGUCGAAAGUUUGAAGGACAUCAAGAUCGUUCAUGGCAGAGCACUGUGGAUGGAGGAAUGAUAGGACGGGAUCAUGAGAGAUGGCAAGGUGGAGGUAGAGGCAGACCGGGCCACGUGAUGCAUCGUGGAGGCAUGUCAGGGCGUGGAGGUUUCAUGCAAGGUGGCAACCAAAGUCAGAUGAUGCACGGAGGAGGAAUGCAAGGAGAAGGAUUUGCUGGCCAGGAGAGAGCAAACAGACCUAACGAUCCUCGUUUCAAUCGUCGCUACUGAAUGUGUUUUAAUUUUUAACGCAAGAUGGCAACUGAAAUGAAUCUGUUACCCAGGGUUACCAUUAAUUGUAACUUAUGGGCUACUAUAAGUGUAUUCUUGGUUUUUUUAAGCUGCUGCCAUAUUAUGUCACUCAAUCCCUUGUGAACUUAUCUGUUUUGUAAUGUGUUGUUCAUAUCCCAUUUAAAAUGUUUGUUAAUGAAGCAUUCCAUUUUCCAUAAAUAAAAGCCAGUUUACAGUUAA